GGCCCCCCAACCCACCAUAGAAACGCUCAAAUCCAAUUGCUUCUUUGGCUGUGCACUCUUCAUUUUAGAGAGGGAAGACAUCAUCAUCUUCUGGGUAUUGGUUCUUUCCUUCACAAUUCGACACCUUUUCGCUGUUUCUUUCUUCUUUCAUCGCCAAAGAACCACCGGGAUUUGUAUUAGAACCGGAGAGAUUCAUCCCACAUUCGCAAUUCGCGCCGAUCGCAAGCGCGUUAGGUGCCCAACACAUAUUACGAGCGAUCCUGUUGCGGGCCAUCCUCAAAAAUCAAAUAUUGUAAUGGACCCUUCAAUUAUGAAGCUCCUGGAAGAGGACGAGGAUGAAACGAUGCAUUCUGGGGCGGAUGUGGAAGCCUUCACGGCUGCUUUGAACAGAGACAUAGAGGGCGAUACUUCCACUUCCCAACCCUCUGGUUCAGAAAAUGCACCUAUAUCUCAUGGAAGCAAUCACAUUUCCAGUCAGUUUUUUCAACAGUGGAAUCCUUCCAGUCAAGAUGAAAACGUUAAUGGUCAAAAUUCACAAGAUCUAAAUGGUUCCCGGAAUCAAGAGCGACAUAUGUCCGAAAUGGAGCUAAAGCAACUUGGAUCUGGGCCUGAUAACCAGCAUCAACAAAUUGAAACCUCACAGGAACUGAAUGCCAUCCCUUUGCAACAGAAACAACUACAGGAUAACAGUCAACAACAGCAAGUGGGGCAAAGUACCCUUCAUUUUUCUCGAGCACUGGCUAUACAGAAUUCAGAAAAGAAUCCUGUACAUAUCAGGGAGCCAGACAGGAAACACAAUCCAGAGAGUGAUUGUCAAAAUCCGAACUUACAGAAGAUGAAUAACCAACAGGCUAUGGCAGCAGAGCAGGGAAUGAAUUCAAUGAAUCGGGGGAAGCUAGUGCCUUUUGGCCUGUUGCUUCCAGUCAUACAACCCCAACUUGACAAGGACAGAGCGAUGCAACUGCAAACUCUUUUUCUUAAAUUGAAGAAAAAUGAAAUUUCCAAAGAUGGAUUUGUUCGGCACAUGAGAAGUAUUGUUGGGGACCAGAUGCUAAGGAUGGCAAUAUUUAAAUUGCAUGAACAGGGAGCUGUUCCACGGCCUCUUCAGAAGGGUGUCACUUCUCCUGAAGAUGUUUCUCUUAUGCCUUCUUCAGCUGCACAAUUGAAGACACAUGCAAACCUUGAAAAAAUGGAUAGUAAUGGUCAAAAAUCUCGAGAGAUGGAACACCAAUUUGAUUUGCGUGGAAUGCCAGGAAGACAAAUGCCUUCAUCCAAUUUAAGUAACAUAAACCAAGAAAAGGAGCACUCUACAAUCCCCAUACAAGGACUUAGCAAACAGCAGCAACAACAUCUGCACUUCUCACAGUCAUCUUAUCCCAUUUAUGGAAAUACAACGGGUAAUUAUGCUCCAUUUUCUGGAGCAAAUGUUGGCACUUCAGCAUCAUCUCUCAAACAGCAGCCUCAUGAUUCCCAAAUGAGACCGGGUCCAGUUCAUCAAAGCACUGUUACAGAGAGAUCACAUUCAUUUAUUCAACAGAAGAGAGUGCAAGGUGGAAGUGGAACUCUUUCUCACUUGACAAAUAAUUCAACCUUUCCUCAGAAUUCACUUCAUUGGCAAUCAUCAGCUAAUAAAGAGCAGAAAGGUGGUGCUGGUUCAUCAAUAUCAUAUGUUAAGCAGGAGCCCAUUGACCAGGGGACUGAGCAACAGCACAAAUCUCAGUUGUCUUCUCCUCAAGGAUUAUCUUCUUUACCUCCUGUACAGGGUGAACAUGGGAAUGCAAUGACUGGAAUUUCAAAGGAUAAAGCUAUUGAGAUGCAGUCCUCAAGGAUGGGCUUCUCAACAUCUGCAAGUGCGCUGCCUCCAAAUUCAAUGCCGUCUUCUAUGACACCGCCACUUGACCCUAAUAUAUUGUUAAAUUCUCGGACCCCAUCUGCAAUAUCUCCAGUUAAUAAUGCAAAGACACCCCUGAAAAAACCUUCUGUGGGCCAGAAGAAACCACUUGAAACCUUCAAUUCUUCACCACCUCUACCAAGUAAGAAGCAAAAAGUAUCUGCAGCCUUGUUGGACCAAAGCAUUGAACAACUCAAUGAUGUAACUGCCGUCAGUGGAGUUAAUCUUAGGGAAGAGGAAGAACAACUGUUUUCUGGGCCCAAAGAAGAAAGUCGAAUCUCAGAAGCCUCUAGAAGGGUUGUGCAAGAAGAAGAAGAAAGGAUGAUUCUGCAGACAAUUCCCCUCCAAAUGAAAUUGGGAGAAAUCAUGUCAAAAUGCAGUGUUAAGAGUAUGAGCAAUGAUGUGGAGCGAUGCUUGUCAUUGUGUGUUGAGGAAAGAAUGCGUGGAUUGAUAACUAAUCUGAUCAGACUGUCAAAACAGCGGGUUGAUGUUGAAAAGGCAAGGCACCAAAUGUUUAUUACGUCAGAUGUUCAGAGACAAAUCAUGGAAAUUAACUCAAAAACCAGGGAAGAAUGGGAUAGAAAACAGGCUGAAGCAGAGAAACUCCAAAAGCUCAAUGAACCAGAAGGUAAUGCUGGAGAUGCGGAGAAGGAGAAAGAUGAAGGUCGUGCCAAAGGACUGAAGUCAAACAAAGAAGAAGAUGACAAAAUGCGGGCAACAGCUGCAAAUGUUGCUGCCCGAGCUGCAGUUGGAGGGGAUGAUAUGCUGUCAAAAUGGCAGCUGAUGGCUGAGCAGGCCCGGCAGAAACGAGGAGGAAGUGAUGCUGCUUCUAGUUCUCAGCAGGUCAAAGAUGUGAGCCAUAGGCCUCCACCAACAACUGAAAAGAAUGCAACAGACAAUCAAGAAGCAGAGAGAGGGGGGCAGUCAACUGCUACUAUGACAUCUGGUUGGAGUAGAAAAUCAUUCACAAGGAAUCAAGAUGUGGUGCUGCAAACUAAAAUUGCACGCUUCAUCUCAAUUAAGGACGUGAUUGCCGCCCUCGAAAGGGAACCCCAGAUGUCAAGAACAUCACUCAUAUAUCGACUGUACGAAAAGGCAGGUGCAGGUGCCGGUGCCCGUGCGGAAUAAUUUUUUUGGAACAGAUGAUGAAGCUCGGCAGUCGGCUCAGCUCGGCUCAAAGUAUAUUGUGGUAGGCCUGUAAAAAUCGAAAGACACUAAUUUGCUUAAUUCUUUCUGUUCAUUUCAUCAUCUUCUUACUUGUUGUGUUGCGCUGUUCGUUCGUGCAUCAAUUGGGUUAUUUUUAAUAAAGUUGCAACACCACUUCGUCC